AUGCCUUUUCCGUUUUCGGCGUCUCUCCGGCUGAAGCGGAGAAGCAGCACAUCGUCGGCCGCAGCGCCUUCUUCUCCCUCCUCUGCGCCGCCUUCUCGCGAGAGCUUGAAGGCCACACACGGAUCGCCCUCGAAGCACACAGCCGCCUCAAGACUCGCCUCCUGCCUUUCCUCCUCGCGCAUACACCAGUCGACCGCCGGCGAGUCAAGUCCUCCUUCCUCGCAGGGUCACUCCGGCUCUCCGGCUGCGUCGGCCGGGGGGGCGGCGACCCCCGACGCCCGGAAGCCCCCCCGCCUUGUGUCAGAGCCGCUCGCAGCCGCCGUAGAACCGAAACUCGGUGCGCGGCGAGGCCAAUCUGUGCCCCCGUCUUCCGUCUUCUCUUUUCCCUCCCUCAACUCUUUUUCAGCUUCUCCAGAGUCUCCGCGUCCCGAGCAGCUUGCCGCGGGUCUGCGUGGGCUUCAGGACUUCUCUCCCCGCCCUGCCGCCCUACUGGAGCCCGGCGAUCCAGCGGCUCCGCGCGCGUCCAGUCAGCGAGGACUCGGGGCGGCUUCGACGCGCGCGCCGCCCGCCGCGCACGCCGACACUUCGCCGCCGGCGUCAGACGCCUCCUCCUCGCCGCGGUCAGUGUCUCUCCCCCGACAAGCGUCUCUCUGGCGCGUCCCGCCACCGACCGCGGGCUCCGACUCCCCCGGCUUCGCGGAGACGCCCGCGGCGUCCCCCACGCGCGGUUGGGCGCCUUCGCAGGCUUCCACGGGCGCCUUGAGCACCCCGGGCGCCCAGCGAUCUGCGGAGUCUGCGGCCGCCGAGAUGCGAGGCAGACAAGGAGGUCUUCGACUUGCGUCGUUCGUCGUCUCGCGCGGCGGGGGGUCGCAAGGCGCGGCGUCCGAAUGUAGGAGCGGGCGAGGGGGGAACGAGGCUGUAGCUGCGGCCUCGAAGGACACCGGAGAGGGAGCUGCCGCGGCGGCCGCUGAGGGGACUUCGUCGUCGCCGCAGUGGCUGUCGCGCGAAGACUUUGACAGGGCCACGGAGCCUGAGACGCCGGAGGGCGGGGGGCUGAGCUUCGACAGGAGCAGGAGAUCCCUGGGGUCGCCCGCCACUGCCACGGAGACAAGGGGAGGGGCAGCAGGCCCGAACAGCGAGGUGGCGCGGAGGCCGCGGCCGCAGCUCUCUUCCUCCUUCGCCUCGCAGACCUCAGACGCCUCUCCGCCGCCAUCGCCGCUUUGCUGGACGUCGCAUCUGGCUGCGUCGACUGCGUCUGAUGAAGACACUCCGCAGCGCGGGGGGAAAGACUUGGCGAAGGGCGCGUCGUCGGCGCGAGACCGAGCGGGGCGGCGCGCGCACCAGCGGGCGCGAAGCCGCGACAAACCGGCCGAAGACGCGAACGCUGCGCGAGGAGAAGGCGCGGCCUCAGCGGGGGGUGCGGUCUCCAGGGCGCUGUCUGCGUCUCUCCUUUUUUCCGCGUCUUCGGGCUCGCAAAGCAGCGCGCCGCAGGCCUCGCUUGCCCACGGGCGCCUCGUGUCGAUCUUCUCUCCCUCCGGCGCCACCACGCGUUCGCCGCUUUGCAGCAGCGUCUCUGGAAGGCUGUCGGCGGACAGGGGACAGGAGGCGAAGCGGCCGACCGACGCCUCGCGGCAUCCGGACGCGAACGCAGAGAACUACGCGGCACACGCAGGCGCCGGGCUGCUUUCGCCUUUUCUGGAGAGCGCGAACCGGAAGGGCCUCUUCGUCGAGCUCUUCACCGCAGCUGAGGAAGGAGCGAAGACGCUCGUCACCCUCCUCACCGACGAAGACCGCGCCAGCUGCGCCUGCGUGUGCAAGCUUUGGUACAGCGAGUUGAAUUCGCUCGGCCUCCUGACCGCCUCCUUCGGGCGGCGCGGCUUUCCCACACGGGGCCGUCGGACCUUCUGGCGCCUAGCGCUGCUGGGCGAGGAAAUGCUCUGCACAGCGGAGGAGUACCAGGUCCUGUGCGCAAAGCCGAGCGCCAACGACCCCGAAAUCCUCCGCGACGUCGGCCGCACUUUCCCCUACAGGCAGAAGUUUCGCCAGCCUGAGACGCAGCAAGCUCUGGAGCGGAUUCUCCGCGCAGCCGCGAAUCAAAUGCCGCACGUAGGGUACUGCCAGGGCAUGAACUUUGUCGCCGGCGUCCUGCUUGAUGUGAUGGACGACGAGACGGUUGCCUACCAGUGCCUCGCUUCCCUCAUGAAGAACUACCAACUUGAGCACGUUUACCUACCUACACUUCACCAUGUGAAGGUCAUUGUCUUCGAGUUCGACUGCCUCUUGAAGGCCUUCCUGCCGAAGCUCCACGCGCACUUUGAACGCGAGCUUAUCCGACCCGACUACUACUGCGUCCAGUGGGUGAUGACGCUGUUCGCCUACGAGCUGCCGCUUUGCGUCGUUGAGAAAAUCUGGGAUUUGUUCCUUCUCAAAGGCUGGAAAGUAUUCUUCAAGGUCGGCUUGGCGAUCCUGGACAGCGUACGAACGUUGCUGCCGAAGCUGUCGUACGAGGACACGCUGCGGCACAUUCGCGCGGCGUCGGCGGCAGUGACAACUGAAGACCUGCUGGAGAGAAAACCCAGCGAGGCCAGAAUCGACGUCUCCGCCUCAAGAUCGGCGAGCGCCCCGAACGGGAAAACCGACAGUGCGUCACUCUCUCCCAGUCUGUAUUCCGCCUCCCUAUCUGCCUUGUCUGCCUCCUCUUCUUCUGCUACCUUCUCUUCUUCUGCUGUCUCCUCUUGUUCUGCUGAAUCCUCUUCGUCUGCUGCCGCAUCUUCAUCUGCAAACGUAGAGUCGAACGGGGGCGACGCGUCCGCAGCCGCGCCGUUCUCUGCGUCUCUAGAAGCUGCGGAUAGCGAAGAAGAAUCCUCAAGCAACACUGCUGGACCCGAAAUCCGCGAAAAGUCUGUCGACAACCCGUCUCUUUCGGCUGUCUCUUCGGCGACGGAGGACGGUCGCGGAGAGACUGAAGCGCGGAACACGUCGCCGGCGCUGCUUCUGACGGAAGGCCGCCGGAGCGCGACGGCGACUCCGCGGGAGGAAGACGACAGAACGCGAGAAGACCAGGCAGGAAUCGACAGACUUCUCGCUCGGAUGGCGCGCUUCCCAGUGAAAAACAAAAUGCUGAGUGCCCUCGAAAGAGCGUAUGAACGCUACGGAGACACUGCAGAGUUUCACAUCGUUCGAGACAAGGCAUCGCGCAAGCUGCGGUGGUGCGUGCGCACGCGGCGGCGGGCGUCUCAGACGAACGGCGUGCGGAGAGACGACACAAAGACGGAGCCGGCAAACGCCUGGCUGCUCGGCGGCUUCGACUGGGCAGGCCUCAGCGGCACCGGCGAGGGCGCGAAUAGAGGGAUAUCGCUCGCGGUUCGGCUGUCGGGCUACGCGCUGGCGACUCUCGAGUUGUCGCCACAAGAAAAGCGACAGAACAGCCCGCCAAGAGACACAGGCUGCCUGAAGGAAGGGCCGCUGCGUCGGAAGCCUGGAUCAGGAGAAGCUAAUGAAAAACCAAAAGCCAGGAAGAUGAAAAAUGCGAAGAAGAAGCGGGGGAGGGAGGAAAGCUCUUUCCAGAAAACGAAAGGCCGUUCAGAGGCAGGCGACUCGAGCCGAUCGCUCCAGCGCAUGUGGCGUCUCGGCGCGGAUUACAGAGGCUUCUGUCCGUUUCUGGCGCCGCAUGCCUCUCCCGGUGCCACUGCUGCCGGCGCAAAGGGGAACGACGCCUGCGGGAGUCGCCUCCUUCGUACUCCAGCUCCGAUUCGUCGUGUCUCGCUUCUUCGCCCCCCUGAUGAGUCCGCGCAGCAGCCCUCGGAGGCCGCGGUGUGCUGUGUGUGCCGGCAGCGCGAAGGAGACGCAGACGAGCCUGGCGACGCGGCUUCCGCGGGGGCCGCGGAGCCGCAGAAGACCGCAGACGCCGCCAACGGGCCUUUCUGUGCGCGGUGCUUCUACGAGACCUUUGUGCGGACUAGGACGCCCGUCGUCAUCGUCUCGCGCGCGCACCGCGCGCCACAGGCGCCGGCUGCUGUCUCGGCGCCAGCGGCCGCGUUUGCAGCUUCGUGCGUUGACGCCGAUGCGCUGCAGCGCCAGUGGCUCGACCUGGACGCCCUAAGAGCGCGCGUAGGAUCUCUCGCAGUCGAUGUGGAAGAGCGCGAGCGAGAGGCGGAGAAGAACGACACGAGCGCGGGCGAAAGUCGUUUCGGCCGAGGCGCCUUCCGGCGCUUCCGCUUCGCCGAGUUCCUCGACAGAAUCCAACAGGGCGACGAGCGCCUCUACUUAACCACGCAGCGCGUGCCUCACAAUCGCGACGGCCCCCGCCGCCUCUGCGGCGCACCGCUGAAGAGCGAGCUGGCUCUCGAUUUUCCAAUCCGUCCUGCGAUUUUCGGCAACCUGCAGCCUUACCAGUACAAUCUCUGGUGUGGGCACGCGCGCCACGGGAGCACAACGGGCCUGCACCACGACUUCCACGAAAAUCUUUACGUGCUGCUCAAAGGCAGGAAAAUCUUCCGCCUAUACAGCCCGCGGUUCGCGGGAUUGCUUCCGCUGAACGGGAAACUUGCGCGCGUUCACGCGAACGGCCUUCUGUCGUACUCGAUGGAGAUUCGCGAAGACGGCGCGCACGCGCAUGCAGUUCGCCACUGGCGACAAUCGAAGGUAGAGGGGAGGCUCGAGCGCCUACAGCAGCGCCUCGACGCCCUCCACAGCCCGACGCAGGAGACGCGGAGCGACGGCGAAUCUGAAAAGGAGCUUGAGUCGAAGAUUGCAGAAGCGGAAGCAGAGCUAGACGAGUUGUUAGGUCAGGCUCUCGAGGAAGGUUGCGACGAUGAGAGCGAGGACGAGGCCGCGUCCACUGCGUCGGACGACGACGAAGCGAGCGGCAACGCCCUUCGGGCGGGGCGGCUCGUCAGCGAGGGCGAGACGCCGGCGCACUUUUGCCUUGGAAACACGAGAGACACGGGACGAGGCGGAGCUUCGGCGGCUGAGGCCAUCACGCUCGACAAUGUUCUCUCAAAAUACUGGGAAGUCGACAUGCAGGCGGGCGACAUGUUGUAUCUGCCUGCAGGUUGGUUUCACGAAGUUCAUUCCUUCUCGUCGCUCUCAGAGGACUCGGAAAAAGAUCGCGCGCCGCACGCAGACUUUCACAUGGCUCUGAACUUCUGGUUUCAUCCGCCUCUCUUCGGCGCUUCGUACGAGGCACCCUACGAAGACGCAUACUGGGAAGACCGCACACGUCCCCUUCUUGAGGCACACUGCGCCUUGAUUAAGCGGUCUGGGGCGGAGGUACCAGCUGCGCAGAUGGCGCGCCUGCUCCCGCGCGAAGACAGAGACGCGUGCACUCCAGUGACAAGAGAUGGGAGCCAGGCGGGCGCACGCAGGAACGCGACAGACACUCACGCCGAGGAGGCCGGCUGGCUCAGGUUCGAGCGAGAGCUGACUCGCGCAGUCCCCGGCCGCAUGCAGAGGCGCCCCAAAAAGGGGAGACGCUUUCUCGCGGCGUGGGAAGCACAUGCAGCCCUCAAAUACGCAGGCAGAAGGUGUCUCAUGUACCGCGUCGCCCCUGAGUGCUGCUACAAGUUUGACUCGACUUGA